UGCUGCUUGCAUAGUUACCAGAGCCCCGUGCACAGUGUGACACUUCGGACCGCCGCAGCUAGCCGACUACAGACUCCGGUGCUAUCAACAGCAGCCAGCAGACAUGAAGCGCAAGUGUAUCUGCGAGAUCUGCACCUGCGGGCGCCACCGCUGCCCACAUAUGCCUACAAAGAUUUUUGAAAAAUCUGGACAACCUUGUUUACUGACUGAAUAUGUGGAGAAAUACCCUCAGUAUGAUAAUGCACAACCACGAAAUAGCAUGAAACCAAAGCAUGAGUACCAAGGACACCGUGGGAAAAUGGAAGGAAUUACAACUUUUAAAUCAGAUUAUAUUCCAUAUGAUGUAACAUACCGCCCUGUACGUCCUCAUCAAGAAUAUCAACCAAAGCCAGGACACAUUGAUCUUGGGACAACCUAUAACCGAGAUUUUAAUGCUUAUAAAAUAGAACUAGUGGCACCUGCACGUCCAGCAGAGAACAGAAAGAUUAACAUGGGAAAGUUUGACACAAACCCUACAUAUAAAGAUGACUACAGAGCAUGGGGUAUCAAUAAAAGAGAACUUGCUAAACAGGAGCAUACUUACCAACCUCCUACUGUUAAAUUUGGAAAUUCAACUACAUUCCAAGAUGAGUUUUUUCCAAAGGAAAUAAUGCCAAGAGAGAGUUUCAAGCCUUCCGGUGUAGCAAAACGCAAUGGCAUCCCUUUUGAUGGCACCACAAGCCACCGUACUUCUUAUGUUCCUCAUGAAAUUGAGCCAAGGCAUCCAAGAGCAAAGCAAGAAUAUAAACCCAGUAGCCAACCAUUUGAUGAUCUCACUACUCAUCGUAUCAAUUUCAAGGGAACACUUGGAGAGAUAACAAAAAGCUGCAAACCUGAUUUUGGUAAAGUGGGUAGCAAUGCUCGAUUUGAAGGCAGCACUGAAUUCCAUGAUAGUUUUCAGCCUUGGCCAGUACCUCCAACUCAUAUUCAUAAAUCUGUUGAAUAUAAUCCACCUACUACACACAUGGAGGUAGAUACUACAUCUAAUUUGGCUUAUGUGCCGCACCAGAUCAGCUAUGUUUCCCCAAUUCGCCCAGUCUCUCAUGGAAGGAGGAGCAAUGUGCCCUUUCAGGGAAGUUCUACAAUGAAAGAAGAUUUUCGACCCUGGGAAAGCAAGCGCCAAGAAAUGAUCAAGCGGGAUCAUCAAAUUCCAAAGGCUGGAAAAUUUGAAGACCUGACAACAUUCAAAUCCCAUUACCUUCCCCAUGAGAUCCAUCCAACUCAGAGCUUCAAGCCUGCAAAUGCAGCACUGCACAGUUCUGCUCCAUUUCAAAGUGGAACAUUGUAUCGUUCUGAUUAUACACCUAAGAAAAAUGAAAUCUGCCCUGCAAACUACCCAUUGCCCCCUGGUUAUACCUUUGAAAGCAUUGAUAGCAGAGGCCACAAGAUGUUUACAAAAAGUUUUACCCCAGAAAUGAAUUCAUUUUCACACAACCUUGCUAAAGCAAUUGAAGUUAUCUCUUAA